AAAAGCACGCUCAGGUGACCCACGCUUUCCUUAGAAAGCUUGAAAAUACCCGAAAACUGACGGAAAGAAACGAAGAGUUAGACCCAAGUGAACCACACAAGGAAAAAGACCCGGGGUUCGGCGGGCCUCGGGUGUUUCCGGAAAUGGCCGACAACCGCGGAACGGCGGGACGGGGCGUGGCGGAUUUAGCACGCGGAGCCUCUUCGGGUGUUUCCGGAAACUGCCGAAAGAUAGCUUGAAGUGGGCGGGGAAAGGGCAGUGGGCGUGGCCAGGUGGCUCUGGAGUGCCCGGAGUUGCUUCGUGGAUUUCCGUAAACAGAGCCGAAGUUUGGUCUUCGGAAUCUCAGAAGUGUAUGCGUCCCCGGGGUUACCUUCUUCGGCUGUUUCCGGAAUUCACCGAUAGUCCGUGGUGAAGAGAAGGCGCGCCCCCCUCCCGUGCCUAGUUGCUUCGGAUGUUUCCGGCUGCUGCCGGCGGAAAGAGCCGAGGGCCGGCGGUGGUGGCGGCCAUGUUGGGAGCAGCAGGUCCGGCGGCGGCUGCCUGUGUGCCGGGCGCGGAGCAGUGCGGCUGAGGGCAGGGGAGGAGCGAGGCAGGCGGCUGGCUGCGGCGGCAGAGAGUAGGCGGAGCGGCGCGGCCCGGCCGAAAGGCGGCACAGCCCAGCCGGGGGUCGGGGGGGUGCGGUCCGGAGCCGCUCGGAGCCGGCGCGGCCUAGCCCGAGCGGCGCAUCCCCGGGCUGGCGUGAGAGGCUGCCCGACCUCCCCGCACCCCCGGCCGGGGCCCAUGCGGCGGGUGCUCCUGCUGUGAGAAGCCCCGCCCGGCCGGGCUCCGCGCCUUCCCUUCCCUCCCUUCCUCCAAGGUUCUCGGUUCCCUCCCCUGAGAUACCGGCGCCAUGUCCAGCGCCCGGACCCCCCUACCCACGCUGAACGAGAGAGACACGGAGCAGCCAACCUUGGGACACCUUGAUUCCAAGCCCAGCAGUAAGUCCAACAUGCUGCGGGGCCGCAACUCAGCCACCUCUGCUGACGAGCAGCCCCAUAUUGGCAACUACCGGCUCCUUAAGACCAUUGGCAAGGGUAACUUUGCCAAGGUGAAGUUGGCCCGGCACAUCCUGACAGGGAAAGAGGUAGCUGUGAAGAUCAUUGACAAAACUCAACUGAACUCCUCCAGCCUUCAGAAACUAUUCCGUGAAGUGAGAAUAAUGAAGGUUUUGAAUCAUCCCAACAUAGUUAAGUUAUUUGAGGUGAUUGAGACUGAGAAGACACUCUACCUUGUCAUGGAGUAUGCCAGUGGGGGAGAAGUAUUUGAUUACCUAGUGGCUCAUGGCAGGAUGAAAGAAAAAGAGGCUCGAGCCAAAUUCCGCCAGAUAGUGUCUGCUGUGCAGUACUGUCACCAGAAGUUUAUUGUUCACAGAGACCUAAAGGCAGAAAACCUGCUCUUAGAUGCUGAUAUGAACAUCAAGAUUGCAGACUUUGGAUUUAGCAAUGAAUUCACCUUUGGGAACAAGUUGGAUACCUUCUGUGGCAGUCCCCCUUAUGCUGCCCCAGAACUCUUCCAGGGCAAAAAAUACGAUGGACCUGAGGUGGAUGUGUGGAGCCUGGGAGUCAUCCUCUAUACACUGGUCAGCGGAUCCCUGCCUUUUGACGGACAGAACCUCAAGGAGCUACGGGAGCGAGUUCUAAGGGGGAAAUACCGGAUCCCAUUCUACAUGUCCACAGACUGUGAAAAUCUGCUUAAGAAAUUUCUCAUUCUUAAUCCCAGCAAGAGAGGCACUUUAGAGCAAAUCAUGAAGGACCGGUGGAUGAACGUGGGGCAUGAAGAUGAUGAACUGAAGCCUUAUGUGGAGCCACUCCCUGACUAUAAGGACCCCCGACGGACAGAGUUGAUGGUGUCCAUGGGUUACACACGGGAAGAGAUUCAGGACUCACUGGUGGGCCAGAGGUACAACGAGGUGAUGGCCACCUAUCUGCUCCUGGGCUACAAGAGCUCUGAGCUGGAAGGUGACACCAUCACCUUGAAGCCUCGGCCUUCUGCUGAUCUGACCAACAGCAGUGCCCCAUCCCCAUCCCACAAGGUACAGCGCAGCGUCUCCGCCAACCCCAAGCAGCGGCGCUUCAGCGACCAGGCCGGCCCUGCCAUUCCCACCUCUAAUUCCUACUCUAAGAAGACUCAGAGUAACAAUGCCGAAAAUAAACGGCCUGAGGAGGACCGGGAGGCAGGACGGAAGGCCAGCAGCACCGCCAAAGUGCCUGCCAGUCCCCUGCCGGGCCUGGAGAGGAAGAAAACCACCCCUACCCCAUCCACGAACAGUGUCCUCUCCACCAGCACAAACCGAAGCAGGAAUUCCCCACUUUUGGAGAGGGCCAGCCUCGGCCAGGCAACCAUCCAAAAUGGCAAAGACAGCCUAACCAUGCCAGGGUCCCGGGCCUCCACGGCUUCUGCUUCUGCCGCAGUCUCUGCGGCCCGGCCCCGCCAGCACCAGAAAUCCAUGUCGGCCUCCGUGCACCCCAACAAGGCCUCUGGGCUGCCCCCCACGGAGAGUAACUGUGAGGUGCCACGGCCCAGCACAGCCCCCCAGCGUGUCCCUGUCGCCUCCCCCUCCGCCCACAACAUCAGCAGCAGUGGUGGAGCCCCAGACAGAACUAAUUUCCCCCGGGGUGUGUCCAGUCGAAGUACCUUCCACGCUGGGCAGCUCCGACAGGUGCGGGACCAGCAGAAUUUGCCCUAUGGUGUGACCCCAGCCUCUCCCUCUGGCCACAGCCAGGGCCGGCGGGGGGCCUCGGGAAGCAUCUUCAGCAAGUUCACUUCCAAGUUUGUUCGCAGAAAUCUGUCUUUCAGGUUUGCCAGAAGUCCCCAGGUUCCCAGCUCCAGGCACCCAUCUUCCGGGCAGGAGCUGGAGAAGCCGCUCAGCGGGGCCAGACCUCUUUCCCACCCCACAAGGAACCUGAAUGAACCUGAAAGCAAAGACCGAGUGGAGACGCUCAGACCUCAUGUGGUAGGCAGUGGAGGCAAUGACAAAGAAAAGGAAGAAUUUCGGGAGGCCAAGCCACGCUCGCUACGUUUCACAUGGAGCAUGAAGACCACAAGCUCCAUGGAGCCUAAUGAGAUGAUGCGGGAGAUCCGCAAGGUGCUGGACGCAAACAGCUGCCAGAGCGAGCUACACGAGAAGUACAUGCUGCUGUGUAUGCACGGCACUCCAGGCCAUGAGAACUUCGUGCAGUGGGAGAUGGAGGUGUGCAAACUGCCUCGGCUGUCUCUCAAUGGUGUUCGGUUUAAGCGAAUAUCAGGCACCUCCAUGGCCUUCAAAAACAUUGCCUCCAAAAUAGCCAAUGAGCUGAAGCUUUAACAAGCUGCCAGGAGGGGAGCAGCAGAGACCAGCCAGCGGACUUGGCUGCUGGAGCUGACCCUGCACCCCACCUGCAGGAUGGAUUGGUGUGUCUCCCCUGCUGGCACUUGUCCCCUCCCAGGCCCUUCCUGGUUUUUUUCUUCCAUGUUUGUGGGGGAUGGGAGAAAGUUCUUCCCCCCUCACAUUCACUCCUGCCCAGAAAUUCCCUCUUCCCCUCUCUCCCCCUCAGGAGGCAAAAGAAGGGGAGGGGGUGAGGGGGGCAGGGCUCCCUCAAGGUACUGCGGUUGCACAGAGUAUUUCGCCUAAACCAAGAAAUUUUUUAUUACCAAAAAGAAAAAAGAAAAAAAAAAUCCCAGCGGCCACCUUUCCUCCCUUGCCCCAUUGGGACAGUUGAGACUGGAUCUGUGGGGUUUCCCGGGAGGGUGGCUCAGGGCUGGAACACUCUCAGGCAAGAGUGGUGGAGUUCCCUGGCAGGCCCUCCGCCAGGCCCACUUUGGGCUUCUCCCCUCUCCUCUCCUCUUUACCCUUCAAGCAACCCACCAGAGGUGGCCUUCCCCUGCCCUCAGGCCCUGGGCUGCAGGCCUGGGACCUGGGGCCGGUGGGGGGUGCUGUGCAGCCCUGGAGAGAGCAGGGUGCAGCAGUGGGGCCCUGGCCUCCCUCCACACUGUAUCUUCUGCCCCUCCUUCCCCAGAGCUGGGCAUUUCCUUCCAUGAGCUGCUGUGGGGACAUUUGUUCCUCUCCUCAAAAGUAUGUGCCAUCUUCUCCUGCCCUUCUGGUAGAAGGUGGGGCUGACCCCUGGGCUAGGAAGGGGAGGGGACUGCAGCACUGAUGGGCUCCUUGCCCUCAGGGGGCCGAAUGGGCUGCCAGUCUCCUGAACUGGGCUUCUCCGUUCUGGGAGAGCCUUUGUCUGAAAGCACAGCCUCUCGCCAUCCCCCUCCCACUGCUUCCCCUUCAUUGGCAUUAAUCUGGGCACCAGCUCGGUCUGUAGCAGACUUCCCACACCACUCUCAUCUCGGCCUUGCCUUUUCUUCCUGACACUGUCGCCCCUCCUCUCAGGAGACUGCCCAGGGCCUCCAUGGCCACCUGGCGGAAGGCUGGAUUGGGCGGCAGGGCUGGGAGCAUCUGCCCUCCACAGGAGUGGGGGACAGAUGGGUGAAGUGACUCCCCGCUUGCUAACCUCUGCGGCCAGUGUGGGAGUGGGUGGCUACAGGCACUUGACUGGUGGCGGCCACUGCAUCCCUUAAUUUAUUUCUCUGCUGUUUCAGUUCUUGAGAAAUUGGGGGAGUCCUACAGAGGCUGCCCCUCCCCUCACCUUAGUUGUACAUUUUUUUUUUUGUGAUGGGUUUUAUUUUUUAUUAUUUUAUUUUAUUAUUUUUUUUUUUUUUGAUUUAUGAUGACUCUAUCCCUGUUCAUCACCCAGGCCAGGCUCAGCCAGAUGUGGAGUCCUUGGGUCCCGGGAAGGGGCCUUGCCAACCUCAGCCCUUUAGCCAGCCCCAUGCUCUGCCUGGUUCCGGCUCAGACCAAGGGCUCUCCCCUCCCCCUUCCUGCCCUAUGGAACAGCCCGGGUGCUCUGAGGGGCCGGGAGGGCAUGGCUUGGCUCCUGAAAGGGGUGGGGCCAGGGGCACCCAGGCAAGGUGGCCCCUCCCCACCUAGCCCCCUCUUCCCCCACCCUGCACUUAGUUUCUCCUCUGGAUCAAACACGUAAUAAAGAGAAUGUUUGGAAUCUGAGCUGCCGCCUCCUGUUUCUUCUCCCAGCCCAGAAGGGACCCAGUCUCUCUUGGGCAAGAUGUGGCCCAGUCUGCCUGCCUUGAAGGGGAGGACUGAUGCCUGUCUGGAG